CCACGAAAGAAAAAGUGUUCAAUCUGCCAGUAGCGUGGGAGCGGUGUAUGAAUCUCAAAUUAUUGACAGUGAGGAAGGUUACUGCUAACUUGAACAUUUUUGUGGAAAAAAGUGGCACUCAACUAUGGAGAAGGCCGAAAACGUUGCUGUUGCUACACUUGCUGGAAUGAAUAUGGAGAAGGAAAGCACUCUGAUCAUGCCAGGCGAUGCUAAAGAUGAGGAGGGCAUGGCAACUGAGAAGGAUGGGAAACAUGUGCUGAAGCGAAGCAUACCGGGUGCCACGAGAGCGGCUAACUUGAAACAGAAGAGAAACGACGAGGACGAUUGUUUUCCAGUUCAGCCGCACAUUAUUCAGGUCAUUAAGAAGCCACGAACACACAUGAACCAUUCCUAUCGUGAUUUUUCCCUUGUGCCCUCGAUACAAAACGAGCCGGCGAUGCCCACCAAUAUCGAUGACAUGUCUUUCCCUCAAAAGGUGCACGAUAUUCUUCGUCAAGAAGUUUUCCAAAAAUGGGUUUCGUGGUUACCACACGGGCGCGCAUUUCGUGUCAUUUGCUCCCGCUCUUCGAUAGUCGUCCCUGUUGCGUUCGAGAAAAACAUUUCCGAAAAAUACUUUGGUCACAAGCGAUACUCAAGCUUCUUGCGACAGCUCUCCAACCACCAUUUCAAGCAUGUCUCCCAAGGUCCUGAUCGAAAUUGCUAUUACCAUGAGUUUAUGCUCCGUGGUCUUCCUCACCUUUGCAAGUACAUGCCUACACCCAAGGAUGCACGUCGGUUGAUUGCUGACCCCCAGAACGAACCCAACUUUUAUGAGAUUAGCAAAAAGUAUCCUCUUCCAGACGAUCCUGAAUUCGGUAAGGGCGAAACAUCUGAGAACGCAUCAAAAAAAAAUGCAACAGCCCCUAUUCUUGUAGAUGCACAAGAAUGCCUUUGUCCCGCAUCCGGGCCAGCAUCUGCGGUGGGAUGGACCGUUCAGCCUGCGCCGAAAUGGACUUCAGAAGACUUUUUAUAUCAAUGUCACGGUACCACGGUGAGUGCGUUUCCAACAAUGGCUCCUUUCUUUCCCACAGAUAUGGAUGGCGGCAACGCAAUGUUUGCGGCAGCUUUUUUUCAAGCGACCCUCGCAGCCCAAGUACAUGCACACCAAAAUGUAGCAAUUCCUGCGCAAAGCACUUCCGAACCGUUUAAAGUAAUCUUAGGGACACGUGCGGAAGGCGAACAAAUGGAUCCUUUGCCAGCGAGCCAAGAUAAUCCUGAGCUGGGCUUCCGUAAUACUACAUAAAAUGAUUUGUGUUUCGUCUCUUGUACGCAAGAAAGACCUUCAGUCCAACCAACCGCAUGGGAUAUGUUUAGCAGUAAAAUAUCAGGCGCUAAGAAUUGAACAUGCACGUAUAGUAUAAGGAGUCUCGCAAAGCUUGCGGAAGCGCGUGAUCGUUUUCAUCGGAUUUGAGCUUUCAGAUGGUCGCGAUGAAGGGAGACCCAUCCCGACCCGAAGGGUCGUUUACACGGAAGUCGAACUUCAUCCAUGAUAGCCCGGCGCUGUUGAAUAAGCCUCAGGUUUUCGAAAUAGAGAAAGGCUUCUCUGAGAAGAUCGAGGGAAUGUACCUGGGACCGACAGGCGAAGAGCAUGUGCUUCUUUUUUGAGUUGGAACUUGAGCUCUUACUUUCAGUUGACUGUGAAUUACCAUGGAGAUUUCACAAGCUGGAAAUCUUA